CAACAAACAACUUACAAAGUCGACUCAGUAGCUUUGAGCAAUCGGCCUGUCUCAGUUAAUCUAAUCAUCAUGCCUCUCCGCACUCGGCGAGGCGGUGCUCGAGAUCGAGUUGAAGACAGCGAAAAUUCAAAGAGUUCAUCUUCAGAACCAGCCACGCCCACCCUCAAAUCUCUUUCUCCCGGAGCCGGUUUGACUCCUCAGCCAAGAUGGUCAGCAAGAAUUCGCCCAGGAGAUCGUGCAGCAAAUGCUUCCAUCACUCCCCCGACCAUAUCUCCACUCUCGAAUCAAUCUUUAGGACCACGCAGUUCUGAUGGUGAGGAUGGCGUGGAAGCUGGUGAUAUUAAAGAUGAAGACGUUGAAGAGGGAGAUGUUGAAGAUGGCGAAGAAGCCGACGACGAGAAGAGCCCUGAAGACACCGAGCAAAGUUCAGCUUCAACGUCAAGUUCGCCUGAGUCGGAGGAAUAUGUCGAGUCGCCACCAACCCAACGUCCCGCAAAGCGUCGUAAGAUAGGAAAGCGCACAACCUCUUCUUCCUCCUCCUCCUCAUCAUCUUCUUCAGACAGUCCCGUAGAGGAGCCUAUCUUUGGGCAACUAUAUGGUGAUCGUGUCCGCGACCCUGGCCAGAAUCGUGUUCGCAAGGUUCCGGCCCCUUCGAAGAAUGCCAAAUCUGCUCCGCAAAAAGCACCACAAGUCAACAGUGGUCCUCCACCUCCCGAUUACAAUAAGCCGAUCGUCUUCACUCCCUACUUCAAGCGAGCCGACUUCGUCCCUCAACCGCCUGUUACUGGAAAUGAGGCUUGGGCUGCGAAUAACGUGUGGAAUGAGGAAUCGAAGCAAUUUGAGAAGGUGAACUUGUAUAAGUUGCGGAAGUAUUGAGCGCGGAUGGAAGGUGUAGAUGGUGACAUAGAUGGCGCGAGGAGCUUAUGCUAUUUGUGCUGAAGGAUGUCAUUGACUCAUAUUUUCACUCUGCUACUCAUUCACCUGCAUCCUGGAUUCUUGAGGGGUGUUAUUGAGAGACAGGACAAAGGUUGCAGCAUGGAGCAUUCUGAUCGGGCAUCAACAAUGAACUGCGCUCUUUCCUUAAAUAGACCUCUUUCUUGAGUCGCAACCUUGAAUGAAUCAAAAGCGAUGUCCAACAUUGUCCCUGAACUAAGCGAGUCCCCGAAGCGAAGUAUAAAAAUAAAGCAAAAAAAUUGGUGAGCAAGCUGCAAAAAGAACAAAAUUAU